AUGAGUUAUUUUCCUGGACCAAUUCAGAGACCUCUUGUGGCUGCUGCUGCUGUUGCGGUUGCUUCUUUCUCUACUGAUGCAUCUGAUAAGUUUUCAUUCCUUGGAUCGUCGUCUCGUGAUUGUUCCACUUCCAAUUUGGAAUGUUCUUCAAGUUUUAACUCUUUGCAGGAAUCACAUUUGUUGAUGGUUAAUAGUAUUUCUGAUUCUAAACUUGCUGAGUUGUAUUUUGUCAACAAAAUUCGGGUUCCGGUUCCUAAUGUGAAGUUUCGGGUUCCUGUUUUGGGAUCAAAUUUGUAUAACUCUUCGGUUUGUUCAUCGCCAGUUGUUCGGAGUUUGUAUCGUUCUGCUGAAUUUUCUAGGUUUUCGAGGUCGUCUUGUUCGAACGGUGUUUCUGAUUCAACUUCUGAGUUCAUGUAUAAAUGGCAUUUGCCUGAACCUAAUACUGUAGGUGGUUUAUCUGCGAAAUCGAAGACGGUGGUGGUUUUGCUUGGAUGGUUAGGUGCAAAGCAGAAGCAUUUAAAGAAGUAUGCAGAAUGGUAUACUUCGAAGGGAUAUCAUGUCAUUACCUUUACGUUUCCGAUGAGUGAGGUAAUGAGUUAUCAGCCUGGAGGAAAAGCGGAGCAAAAUGUUCACAUGCUUGUUAAUCACUUGGCUGAUUGGUUAGAAGAGGAGAAUGAAAAGAAUCUUGUGUUUCAUACUUUCAGCAACACUGGAUGGUUAACGUAUGGUGUUAUCUUAGAACGUUUUCAAAAGCAAGACCCUUCUUUGAUGAAAAAGAUUAGGGGCUGCAUUGUAGAUUCUGCACCUGUUGCGAAUGCUGACCCACAGGUCUGGGCCUCGGGUUUCUCUGCUGCAUUUCUCAAGAAGAAUAGUGUAGCUACAAAAGGACGUGUAUCCACGGAUGAGUCUGGCAUUAAAGUAUCAAUUGGCAGCGAAAAUUUAGGACCAAAACCUGCACCAACAGAAGCAGCUUUGCUGUUAAUACUAAAGAAAUUUUUCGAGGUCGUUCUGCAUCUCCCUGCAGUGAAUAGGAGGCUCUCAGAUGUUUUGAGCAUGUUAUCUACAAAGCAACCAGGUUGUCCACAGUUGUACAUGUAUAGCUCUGCAGACAGAGUUAUUCCGGCCGAUUCAGUGGAGUCGUUUGUCGAUGCACAGCGGAAGGCUGGACAUGAUGUGAGGGCUUGCAAUUUUGUCUCUUCACCGCAUGUUGACCACUUUCGAAAUGACCCGAAAUUGUAUGCUUCUCAGCUCAAUCAGUUUUUAGAGGAGUGUGUUGUUGACCAUAGUAAAAUUCGCUAA